CAACAUGAAGCCUGGCUACGCCCUGAGCAGAAACCGUUCAGAGACGCAAGGCGCGUCGAGGUCCCGAAGGCGCUUCAGAAGCGCGCUCUGGAACAGGCCGUGCAGCAGUCGCAGAAGCCAGGGAACCGGUUGCUCUUUAACUUCAACGAGGGACUUUGCUCUUUAACUUUAAGCUGGGCGGGGAAAGCUCCCGGAGGCGUUAGCGCGCCAGAGAGGAGGAAAGAGAGCGGGCUAUAAGCUCCUGAGGGAAGAGAGGCGUCAGGUCCCGUCGCCAAGCCGGUCGUGCUCUCCGUGGGAGACCUGCAGUUGUGGAUCAUGGAGUCCAGUGUGGAUCUCUCUUUCCUGAUUGUUGGGAUGGUGGUUGCAAUAUCUGUUGCCUUGUUGGUUUUUAAACCAAUGGCCUCUCGGAAGAAGAAAGGUCCAAUUACUUUGCAAGAUCCAAAUAUCAAGUAUGCAUUGUGUUUGAGAGAGAGAGAGGAGAUCAGUCACGAUACCAGGAGAUUUCGGUUUGAACUUCCGUCAUCAAAACAUAUAUUGGGCUUGCCUGUAGGCCAACACGUAUAUCUCUCUGCCAAAGUGGACGGUAACCUUGUGAUCCGGGCCUACACUCCAGUUUCUAGUGAUGAUGUGAAAGGCUAUGUUGAUUUAAUCAUAAAGGUUUACUACAAAAACAUUCACCCCAAGUUUCCGGAAGGUGGGAAGAUGUCCCAGCAUUUAGACAACAUGAAGAUUGGCGAUACCAUUGACUUCAGAGGACCUAAUGGACUUCUGGUAUACAAGGGGUCAGGUAAAUUUUCUAUCAAGCCAGAUAAGAAGUCUGAAGCAAGGAUAAAGUUUGCAAAACAUGUUGGAAUGAUAGCUGGAGGAACAGGAAUUACUCCAAUGCUUCAACUAAUUCGUCACAUUACAAAGGACCCCAAAGAUAACACCAAGUGUUACCUUCUUUUUGCUAACCAGACAGAAGAAGAUAUAUUAUUGAGACCAGAGCUUGAAGAUGUAGCAGCAAAUCACUUGGAUCAGUUUAAACUGUGGUACACUUUGGACAGACCACCUCAGGGCUGGAAGUAUAGUGCUGGUUUUAUUACGGAUAGCAUGAUAAAAGAACAUAUGCCUCCCCCUGCCAGUGAGACUCUGAUUCUGAUGUGUGGACCCCCACCUAUGAUUCAGUUUGCUUGUCUGCCUAAUCUUGAAAAGCUAGGGUAUGCCAAAGAAAACACUUUUGCUUAUUGAACCGAAGUUGUACCAUCCCUUUUAUAGUACGUUGUUGGUACAUACAAAUUUUGUGUUAAAGCAGGUAGUAGAAUUGAUGACUGAUGGGAGUGGAA